AUGGAAUUGCGUCAGGUCCUUGAACGACUGGAAGAGGCCCACGCACAGAUAGAACGCGUUCGUGAAAUCUGCGGGGCCUCAUCUAUAUCAUGUGGAGUCCUUCAUUACGGUGAUAUCAUCUAUACGAAAAGCGUCGGACUGAGAGACCAAGUGCAGCACCUGCCGGCAGAUUCACAGACUAUUUAUCCCCUGGCCUCGGUAUCAAAGGGCUUCUUAGCCGCUGCCGUGGGAAUCCUGGUGGAUAAAGGUAAGCUUGAUUGGCAUGUCCCUAUCAGCACAUAUCUACCGCAGUUUGAUCCCGUUAAUGAUCGAGAUUUGGGAGAAUAUGCCAAUAUUAUUGAUCUACUAAGUCACGCUACCGGGCUAGCACAGCAUGACCUCCUCCAUAUUGGGCCAUUUGGGUCAAUAAUCAGUGACUCGUCUAAGCUAGUUCAUUUACUUAAUGCAUUGCCAACAUCCAAUAGCCAUGGUUCAAGGUUUCGCCGGUGGUGGCUUUACAACAAUCAUGUCUCAGCACUGGCGAGCCAAGUGCUUGAGAGCGUCUCGGAUGGAACGUGCUACCCUGAGUUACUAGAGCAACGUAUCCUACGUCCUUUACGCAUGUUCCGGACUUUUGUCUCCAUGAACAAAUUCAACUCGGAUUCAAAUAUAGCCUUACCCUAUGCUCGCCUAUCAAAUAGCUCCUUCGCGAAACUCCCGUUCCCCGAAUACCUUCAAGAGAAAACCCACAUUCUUGCAAGUCAGGGGGUUACCAGCUGUGUCCAAGACCUAUUAAUUUGGGUCAAAGCGACAUUAGAACGUGAAUCGUGGGAGCAGCUCCAUGCUAAAGAGAAGCUUGAGCGGCCGGUUCCCCCAAAUAACCCACUGCGACAAAUAACAACCAUCCGCCAUGGUCACUAUCCACAUCCUUUCGACGAUGCUCCAGGUUACCCGAGCUAUUACUGCCUAGGCUGGUUGAGUCUUACUCUCCCAUCCUCAAACCUCGGCAUGAUUAGCUUCAAUAAAGAGACGCGCCGCUCAGGCGACCAUCUUGAUUAUGUACUAGGCAAGGAUUCACCACCUCUCAAAGUCAUACUACACAAUGGAAAAGCUCCUGGCUACAAUUCCGCCGUAUACACUUUUCCCGAGACAUCUAGUGCAAUUAUUGUUCUUGCCAGUGGAGCUACUGAUGGUGAUCCUGCUGACUGGAUAGACCUGGCUGAAAAGGAAGCCGUACUUAGUUGGCGAUGGUUCGAUGAUUACAUCCUGCGUCCAUUGCGGGAAGAUUUACAAAAGAGUGAAGGAGAUAGUGGCGCUAGUGACAGCCAUCUACCCAAUCUUAGAACAUAUGAAGGUCAUUAUCGGAACGCUCAUCUCCUGACUACCCUCAAUGUUCGCUUCAACGAAUCGAGGUCUGAUCUUGCUGUGUCUUUCAACCAUCGAACCGAUAAAGAGUAUCUAUUAAGGCUCCAUAAAGAGCACGAAUUCAGCUUCCUUCCCCUUGACCGUGAUUCUUGGCUACGCGACUGCAUGUUGGAGGUAUUCGACUACCGAACGGGGAUAUUGAAGUUUACGCGUACAGGGGACGGUGAUGUUUCUGGGCUAUGGUGGAAGUGGAGCGCUUGGGAGGAGGCAUCUCUCUUCACGAAGCAGACUCAUACGUAA